AUGUCGAGUGGAAAAAAGAAAAAAAUGCAAGACUCUUCAAUGGAGGAGAGGGGAGGAAACAAGAAUAGAACGAAGAGUCAGAAUUCGCCCACAAGUAAGAAUUCGCCCACAAGUACGAAUUCGCCCACAAUUCCGAAUUCGCCCACAAGUCCGAAUUCGCCCACAAGUCCGAAUUCGCCCACAAGUCAGAAUUCACCCACAAUUCCGAAUUCACCCACAAUUCCGAAUUUGCUCACAAGCCCGAAUUCGCCCACUAUUCCGAAUUCGCCCACAAUUCCGAAUUCGCCAAGAAGUCAGAAUUCACCCAUAAGUCCGAAUUCGCCCACAACUCCGAUUCGCCCGCAAUUCCGAAUUCGCCCACAAGUCAAAAUUCGCUCACAAGUAAUAUUUCGCCCAUGUCAGAAUUCGCCCAAAAGUCCGAAUUCGCCCACAAGUCAGAAUUCACCCACAAGUCCGAAUUCGCCCACAAUUUCGAAUUCGCCCAAGAGUCAGAAUUCGCCCACAAGCAAGAAUUCGCCCACAAUUCCGAAUUCCACCACAAUUCCGAAUUUGCCCACAAGUCAGAAUUCGCCCACAAUUCCGAAUUCGCCCACAAGUAAGAAUUUGCCCACAAUUUCGAAUUCCCCCACAACUCCGGAUUGCCCACACAUAAGAAUUCGCCCACAAUUCCGAAUUCGCCCAUGUCAGAAUUCGCCCACAAUUCGAAAUUCCCCCACAAUUCCGAAUUCGAUCCAAAAGUCAGAAUUCGCCCACAAGUCCAUAUUCGCACAAAAGUCAGAAUUUGCCCACAAGUCCGAACUCACCCAAAAGUCAGAAUUCUCCCACAAUUUUGAAUUCGCCCAAAAGUCAGAAUUCGCCCACAAGUAA